UUUUUUCGCCAUUUUUGAUAAAAAAAAAGUGAGUGCACAAGCUUAAUAAUCAUCACUGCAAAAAACUCCAACUAUCGAUCUUCAUCUUCUAUCUUUGUUGAUUAGAUCUCACUCUGCAAAGACGGCGCGAAUUACCCGAGGAGCGUUUGCAAGUCAACUUCCAGUAGCUAUGGCUCCUGCACCACCGCAAUCUAAUCGAUCUCCUUCGCCGUCGCAACCGUCCGGGAAGAGUGAAGUAUCUGAUCUAAAAUUACAGCUACGGCAGCUUGCUGGGAGUCGAGCUCCGGGUACUGAUGACUCGAAGAGGGAUCUUUACAAGAAGGUGAUAUCAAACAUGACUAUAGGUAUUGAUGUUUCGUCUCUCUUUGGUGAGAUGGUAAUGUGUUCAGCAACAUCAGACAUUGUUUUGAAGAAAAUGUGUUACCUGUAUGUUGGAAACUAUGCCAAGGUUAAUCCGGAUCUUGCUCUUUUGACGAUUAAUUUUCUACAAAGGGAUUGUAAGGAUCAGGAUCCAAUGAUUCGGGGACUGGCAUUGAGGAGUUUGUGUUCACUUCGAGUGGCGAACUUGGUGGAGUAUUUGGUUGGGCCUUUAGGGUCAGGGUUGAAGGAUAAUAAUAGUUAUGUCAGGACGGUGGCAGUAAUUGGUGUUUUGAAACUGUAUCAUAUAUCAGCCUCCACGUGUAUUGAUGCAGAUUUUCCAGAAACGUUGAAGCAUUUGAUGCUCAAUGACCAGGAUACUCAGGUAGUUGCAAAUUGUUUGUCUGCUUUACAAGAAAUUUGGACCUUAGAGUCAACCACCUCAGAGGAAGCAGCUAGGGAGAGAGAAACUCUGCAUAGCAAGCCAAUUGUUUAUUACCUUCUGAAUCGCAUUAAGGAAUUUAGUGAAUGGGCACAAUGUCUUGUGAUGGAAUUGGUGGCCAAGUACAUUCCAUCAGAUAACAGUGAAAUAUUUGAUAUAAUGAAUCUCCUUGAAGAUAGACUCCAGCAUGCAAAUGGUGCUGUUGUCUUGGCAACUACAAAAGUAUUUCUGCACUUGACUUUAUCUAUGGCUGAUGUACAUCAGCAGGUAUAUGAGCGUAUCAAAGCCCCUCUCUUAACUCAAGUGAGCUCAGGAAGUCCGGAACAAUCAUAUGCAAUUCUAAGCCACCUGCAUCUCUUGGUCAUGCGUGCACCAUAUAUAUUUUCCUUGGACUACAAACACUUCUAUUGCCAGUAUAAUGAGCCAUCAUAUGUCAAAAAGUUGAAGCUUGAAAUGCUGACUGCAGUUGCAAAUGAAAGUAACACCUAUGAGAUAGUGACAGAAUUGUGUGAAUAUGCUGCAAAUGUUGACAUCCCAAUUGCAAGGGAAUCAAUUCGGGCUGUUGGAAAGAUAGCAUUACAGCAGUAUGAUGUCAAUGCUAUUGUUGAUCGGCUUCUGCAGUUUCUGGAGAUGGAAAAGGACUAUGUUACGUCUGAAGCUCUGGUGCUUGUGAAAGAUCUUCUAAGAAAAUAUCCUCAAUGGAGUCAAGAUUGUAUUGCUGUUGUAGGGAAUAUCAGUAGCAACAAUGUCCAAGAACCUAAGGCUAAGGCAGCUCUCAUAUGGAUGCUGGGGGAAUAUUCUCAAGAUAUGCAUGAUGCUCCGUAUGUCUUGGAAAGUCUGGUUGAAAAUUGGGACGAGGAGCAUUCUGCCGAGGUUCGCUUGCAUCUUCUUACUGCAGUAAUGAAGUGUUUCUUCAAGAGACCCCCCGAGACUCAGAAAGCGCUGGGAGCUGCACUGGCCGCUGGUCUUGCUGAUUUUCACCAGGAUGUUCAUGAUAGGGCCUUAUUUUAUUACAGGCUUCUACAAUACAAUGUAUCGGUGGCUGAGAGUGUGGUGAACCCUCCAAAACAAGCAGUUUCAGUAUUUGCCGAUACUCAGAGCAGUGAAGUUAAAGAUCGCAUAUUUGAUGAAUUUAACAGUUUGUCUGUUGUAUACCAAAAGCCUUCUUACAUGUUCACCGAUAAGGAACACCGAGGGACAUUUGAGUUUGCAGAUGAACUUGGAAAUCUAUCUAUUAGUGCAGAAUCCGGAGAUUCUGUUGUUCCUGUGCAGAGAGUGGAGGCAAAUGACAAGGAUCUGCUUCUAAGUACCACGGAAAAAGAUGAUGUGAGAGAUACUGGAAGCAAUGGUUCUGCGUAUAAUGCUCCUUCCUAUAAUGGGUCUGCCCCUUCAGCAGCAUCACAACCGCUUGCAGAUUUGGCAUUUUCAAGUACCAGCAUGACUAGCCAAGCACCAGCAUCUGGCUUGGCAAUUGAUGAUCUGCUUGGUUUAGAUUUUUCAGUUGGGACUGUAACCACACCAUCACCUCCCCCAUUGACCCUCAACCCAAAAGCUGUACUGGAUCCUGGCACAUUUCAGCAGAAAUGGCGUCAACUACCAAUAUCCUUAUCAGAGGAAUAUUCUUUAAGCCCUCUUGCUAUUGCAUCAUUGACGGCUCCCAAUGCACUCCUAAGGCACAUGCAAGGUCAUUCAAUACAGUGCAUUGCAUCCGGUGGCCAGUCUCCUAAUUUCAAGUUCUUUUUCUUUGCCCAAAAAGCGGAAGAAACGUCAAUAUAUCUUGUAGAGUGUAUAAUCAACACAUCAUCGGCCAAGUCACAGAUUAAAAUAAAGGCUGAUGACCAAAGCUCAUCACGUGCAUUCUCAACAUUAUUCCAAUCAGCCUUGUCCAAAUUUGGUUUGCCCUGAAACUUAAUGGUGCAUACUUUUUUGAGCUGUGGAGUCGGCAAUAAUGAAAUUUUGGAAUCCUAGUUUGAAUAUAUAAAGAAAUGGAGAUAGAUAUGGGCUCCACACCCAUCCCCCUCCCCUAAAACGGAUCAGAUCAGUGUAUAACAAAAAAUGCAGGGGGAUUUCAUUACUAAAAGUUUUUGUAGCUUUUUGUAUCCAAUCCAACAUCGUGAUUCAUUAGAAAAUAUUCAGUCGUAGAAAACAUGAGUCUGGGUUGUAAGUGUGUAGAGGCUUUCUGUUGUUAUGUAACGUUUAUUCAAGCGAUUAUUGUGUUCUACGGCAUUGAUUGCGUUGUGAUUAAAUAUGGUGCGGAAUUGAUGUUGAAAUGUGAAGUUGGACCCUUUUCUAUCUCUAA